CCUGCGUGUGGAGUGGCUGAGCUUAGGGGCAAAGCCCCACCUCCAGUCUUCCCCGCCCCGUGCCUGCUCACCCUGACUGCUCACUCUGGGAUCUGGCUGCUUUUGUCAGCAGAAGCCGGGGUGUGGACGCUGCAGAUGGACCCAAGUUUCUUCACCAUGGGGAUGUGGUCCAUUGGUGCCGGAGCCGUGGGUGCCGCCGCCUUGGCACUGCUCCUGGCCAACACAGACAUGUUUCUGUCCAAGCCUCAGAAAGCCGCCCUCGAGUACCUGGAAGACACAGACCUGAAAACACUGGAGAAAGAACCAAGGACUUUCAAGGCAAAGGAGCUAUGGGAAAAGAAUGGAGCUGUGAUCAUGGCCGUGCGGAGGCCGGGCUGCUUUCUCUGUCGCGCGGAAGCCGCAGACUUGUCCUCCCUGAAGCCCAAGUUGGAUGAGCUGGGUGUCCCCCUCUAUGCUGUGGUGAAGGAACAGGUUGGGACAGAAGUGAAAGACUUCCAGCCCUACUUCAAAGGGGAAGUCUUCCUGGAUGAAAAGAAAAGGUUCUAUGGUCCACAGAAGCGGAAGAUGAUGUUGAUGGGGCUCGUUCGUCUGGGCGUGUGGUACAACUCUUUCCGGGCCUGGAACGGGGGCUUCUCUGGAAACCUGGAAGGCGAAGGCUUCAUCCUCGGGGGAGUUUUUGUGAUGGGAUCAGGAAAACAGGGCAUUCUCCUUGAGCAUCGAGAAAAAGAAUUUGGAGACAAAGUGAACCCACUUUCUGUUCUGGAAGCUGCAAAGAAGGUCAAGCCACAGGUUCAGGCUUCCGAGAGAAACUGAUCACAUGGAACCCUCCUGGCUCACAGAUGGACAUGGGCGCUCACAGACCCGCUUGCACUGUAGUCUCACUGGGAAUCAGUAAUGUGUUUUAAUAGUGUCUUCUGUUUAGGCACAGCAAGGCAGAUAGGCCCUAAACGAAACUGAUAAAAAUUGAAUGAACUCGUGAGAGUCAUUUCAGGAAAGAUCUAUAAAUUUAGGAGGCUUACAGUUAACUUUUGAAUCCAUGACAAAUGCAUAUGGUGUCUGAGCAAUGUUAGCUGGAAUUAUUUUUAUUUUAAAAAUCUAAGAAAAGUUGGAGCUAGGGUUCAGAUUACUGGCAAAGUGCUUGCUUGCCUAACAAACAGGCCCUGAGUCCCAUCCCCAGCAUUGCAACACACACACACACACACACACACACACACACACAAUGUAAGAAAAGUUCAUGAUUAGAGAACAAGGCUUUGGUUUAUGUGUUUCUGUUAAUGACUUGUUAUAUAAUGGCCAAAUAAUAGGCGAAAGGAAUUGAUGUGUCAUUUGAUAGUUUGAUAGAGUUGAAUUAUCAAGUGGAAUUUGUUCUGUUGCCUUCCAUUCUAAACCCAGAGAUUUGUUUUUCAAGAGGCAGUCAGCUCUGGUUCUAAUAAAACCCUGCAUCAGAAA